UCUCCAAACAGACAUCCCGCCACGGAGCGGCUCGUCGGCCUAUAAAUCCGGGAGCUCCUCCCGGGAAAUAAAAAAGGCUUUUAAAUCCUCCCUCAUAGUUUGGAGCCGUCCGCUAGCUGCCCUGGAGGCGUUUGACCCGAUGGCGUCUGGCGCCGGCGAGUGUCCCGGCAAGGCCGCCCAGUACCGGGUGGAUCACCUGCUCAGCGCCGUGGAGAGCGAGCUGCAGGCCGGCAGCGAGAAGGGGGAUCCCACGGAGAGGGAGCUGAAAGUGGCCCUUGAUGAACGGGAACUGUGGCAAAGAUUUAAGGACCUCACCAACGAGAUGAUCGUUACGAAGAACGGCAGGCGGAUGUUCCCGGUGCUGAAAGUGAGCGUCUCUGGGCUGGACCCGAACGCCAUGUACUCCUUCUUGCUGGACUUUGUGUCCGCGGACAACCACAGGUGGAAGUACGUGAACGGGGAGUGGGUGCCCGGCGGCAAACCCGAGCCCCAGACCCCCAGCUGCGUGUACAUCCACCCAGACUCUCCAAACUUCGGGGCCCACUGGAUGAAGGCUCCGGUGUCCUUCAGUAAAGUCAAGCUCACCAACAAGCUCAACGGCGGAGGUCAGAUUAUGUUAAAUUCAUUGCACAAAUACGAGCCACGCAUCCACAUCGUUAGGGUUGGAGGCCCUCGAAGGAUGAUCACCAGCCACUCCUUUUCAGAGACGCAGUUCAUUGCAGUGACAGCGUACCAAAAUGAAGAGAUAACGGCUCUAAAAAUAAAGUACAACCCUUUUGCCAAGGCCUUUCUAGACGCAAAAGAAAGGAACGACAACAAAGACAUGAGGGACGAGGCAAACGACAACCCGCAGUCUGGCUACUCUCAGUUGGGCAGCUGGUUUAUUCACGGCACGGGAACCCUCUGCCCCCCCACCAGUCCUCACGGUCAGUUUGGGAGCCCCAUCCCCCUGUCGCCCUCCCACGGCUGCGAGCGCUAUUCCAGCCUGAGGAGCCACCGCUCCGCCCCCUACAGCAGCCCGUACGCCCAUCGGACCAACUCCCCCACUGGCUACUCAGAUAACUCAUCCACCUGCUUGUCGAUGCUCCCCAGCCACGAUAAUUGGUCCAGUCUACAGAUGCCGAGCCACUCGACCAUGAUGCCCAUGGCCCACAACGCCUCCUCCGGGGCCAGCUCAAGUCAGUACACCAGCCUGUGGUCUGUGAGCAACUCACCGCUGACUCCAGUGUCCCAGAAUGGGGCGUUGAACAGCUGCCUGGGCUCCCAGCUCCUCCGAGGAUCGUCCGGCCACUAUCCCGGUCUGCCUCACUCGGCCACAGGGCCCCCCUCUGGCUCUCCCAUGUAUGACAGCGGCUCGGCCCCGGAGGUGCAGGACGCUCCUCAGUAUGAAGCCUCACCCCACGGUCGGCUGCCCUCUGCUUGGACCCCCGUUACCCCGCCGUCCCUUUGAUUAGAGCAUCUGAGGAUGGACUGGGACCUUCUCUUGUUACUUUAAGGAGGAAUAGACUUCUAGGUUUAAAGAAAAAAAAUUGUUUUGGUUGGUGUGGACUAUUUCAGGGUGUACUCUUUUCCUAAAAACAGGUUCUAUAAGAAGAUCCAGCAGAGGAUUGAUUCAGUCUUAAAACAAAUCUCAGUUUAUUACUUAAGAGAAAAUGCUUUUUUAUUAGUUGAUCUCUUUGAUCUGCUUAUAUUAAGCACAAUAUUUAGAGCAGGAAACAAUAAAGCUUUAAUGACAUGAAUUAGGGAUUAGAAAUGUUUAUACUGUAAAUGAGAAAUCAGCUUAAGCUCUGUAAAUACAUGUUUUCUUUGAUUUUUUAAUUUUUUUUUUUUUUACCAAAUGUAGUCUUUUGAAAAGCUGUGGUUUAAAGAGAAAUAAAAAAAAAUCUAAUUUUCAGAUGAUUAAAAGCAGACUUUUUAACUA